AUGGAUCCUCAAUUGGCCGCAAUGGAUACGCCGCCAUAUGGCGAACCCGUUCCGCCGCAAGCAGAGGUCGACGACUUUCUACGGAAGAAGCGCAAAGCUCGGGAGCACAAGGCGUGUUAUCCGUGUCGCCAACGAAAGGUCAAGUGCGACCUUUCGCGACCAUGCCAGACGUGUCGCGAUCGGGAUCAUCCCGAGCUGUGUUCUUAUCAUCCUCCCAACAAGAGGCAGAACCUCGAUGGCAACCAACAGGCCCCCGUUAUGCGACAGGAUGAUGGUCAAUUCGGCGGUCCAGGUGGCAAUUACGUGACCCUUGGCAGGCACGAAUUCGAUAUGCUGUGCCACAAGCUGAAUGGCUUGGAGAACUCGAUAGCAGAUCUCAGGCGCGAGAUUCGGCGCAAUGCGCAUGAUCAGAAUGGCCACCAGGACAGUGAUGGCGCGCGUAGGCAAACGUACACUGAUCUUCAUGGACUGCACACGAAGAAUGAAUCAGGCGAGAUAGUGCACCUGGGUGGUGGAUCUGUCCCAGCAAUGCUAUACGCGAUGAGCCAUGGCCAGGCUUUGAACGGCGGAGAGCAGAAUCAGCUCCAAGAGUUCUUGGGCAAGUCUGUGCUGCCUCUCUUUGGUCUAGACAACGAAUCCGCAACGUACCCAUUCGUGGAUCUCUGGGGGCUUCCGCACGGGUCUCUACAACGCGCUCACGAACUCGCCAAAGCACUGCCUGGAGAUAACCAGAUGCUUAGUCUCUUCCGCAGCUACCGCGAUCUAGGCUACAUUAUCUAUCCUGGUAUUGCCGAUCUGGGACAGCUCGAGCAAGAUCUUUCAUCCUUCCUGAUUGCUCGAGGCGCAUACGUAAAUCCUGAGGAUGGUGUUACUGAACAGCAGAUUUUCGGAAAGAGCUUCUACUGGUUGGGCAUGCUUUUUGCAGUACUCGCAAGUGGUGCGCAGUGUAGUGCGCUGACUCGAAAAGAGCGCGAACUAACAUCUCAAGUCUACGUGUGUUGUGGCUUCGAGUGCUUGCGCUUCACUAACUUCCUUUCUCAACCACAUCUGGAGAGUAUCCAAGCUCUCUUGAUCAUUGGCAAUGUCAUGACGAAUAACAUGAAUGCUGGCACUGCUUGGUCCUUACUCGGCUUGACAAUAAGACUUGCUCAAGGCCUGGGACUGCAUCAAGCGUGCCCUCCACACAUCCCCGCCGAUAUCGUGUUCCCACGAUCGAAGGUCUGGUGGGCCAUCAUUUGGCAGGAUAGCUACCUCUCCAUUACGUAUGACCGGAACGCCGCUUUGGAUGUCAACACCAUGCCGAUGCCGCAUCACUUUGGACCUGUCAGCUCAUACCACUCGUCAAUGUACCGCAUGUGCAAGAUCAUGCUCGACAUCGUUAGAGACCGGUCAAGAGUCUCGAGCUCUCGCGAACAAGUGGCGCGUGUCAAUCAGCAUCGCGAAGAAAUCGCAGCGGUCAUGAAAGACGCCACUGAUCAUCUGCGAGACUCUCGGUUGUGCACCACAAGCCAGGAGACGCUCGAGCACUGGGCUCUUUACCUACACACGAGUUACUCCAUGUCAGAGCUGUGUCGACCUGCAAUCAGCCCAAGCACGAGCAACGAAGUCAUCAAGUCAUUUAAGCAGGUCUGCAUCGAGAACCUCAUCAACACAGUGGAAGCAUUCCUCGGCCUGAACAACAUCACCAUCUUCGCGAGACAGUCUUGGGCCGCGAUACACCGAGGCUUGAGCUGCGCGCUACUACUUGGCAUCCUGGGCGAACACUCUCGCAAUGAGCGUGCAAGAAAGCUCAUCGGACGCUUCGUCACCCUUAUGACAGACAUAACAUCCACGGUCGACCCAGGCGAGAUAUCGGCGCCUGUUCAGAGAGGUAUCGCUGCUUUACGAAAGCUCAACAUUGAAGAACCUCGCCACUCCAGCUUCGACGGCGUCAACGACGGGACAUCGAUCACCACCGAUGGCGUGAUGAAGAUUGAUCAGACGCAGAUGUUCACGCCUUCGAACUCUGGGACGGAAGCGGGCGGAGGCGAAGAGGAGCUGUCGCCGUACUCUGUAUUGAACACGAUUCUGUGGGGUGGUAGUGAUGGGGUGCCUCCUGGCUUGGAAGUGCCGCAUCCCCAGUAA